UCCUGGUUCCGGCUACAGGAGAAAACAAGGGCACUGGGCUGAAUGAUAACCCCGCCGUGAGGAUGCCGAGAGCCGCAGCCCUCUUCUGUCUCUCUCCGCGGCUCAACUCUGGAGGACCCUGGAGCGCAUCAUUUGAUCUCUCUGCACCUGAACGCGUUUGAUUUAAUUUGAUUCGAUUAUAAAUUCUAUUUCAAAUAUCGUGCAUUAUUUAUUGCGCUUGCAAAUCCGAUUCGUCUCGCAGAUAUCGAUCCAGGUGAACCAGCACCAUGUUGACCAGCAUCAUCGAGAGCAUCUUCUGCUGUCUGAUGGGAAAGACGAGCAGCGUUGUGCUGCCGGUCGAGUCAUCAGACGGAAAGCCUGCAGAUGGAUACGAGUUUGUGGAGGUGAAGCCGGGCCGUGUGCUGCGUGUACGCCACAUCCUCCCCGAACGACCUGCUACGACAGAAGCUCAACCAGAAGCGGGCAGCAGCGUCCACUGCAAGCGCAAGAUCACGGUGUACCGCAACGGCCAGCUGGUGAUCGAGAACCUGGGAGACGUCCUCCACGCCGAGAUCCUGCAGUGUCAGAACGGAGACGUGGAGCAGUGCAGCACAGUGGAGGUGGAGCUGUCCGAUUACACCACUGCACCCUCGUCCCCGGAUCCCAGACCCGCUCCACCGCUUCCCACCUCAGACCAGCAGAAGCCGGCUCCUCCUCCCAGAUGCCGGCGGAGGAGACCCAAGCGCACCGUGCUGAUCGAUACGGAGCGCUGCAUCAGCAGCUGUAAGGGGACACAUCCGGACGUGGCGCUCUUCUUCAUCCACGGCGUGGGCGGCUCGCUGGACAUUUGGGGGACUCAGCUGGAAUUCUUUUCGCGGCUGGGUUAUGAGGUCAUCGCCCCGGAUUUGGCAGGACAUGGUGCCAGCACUGCCCCUCAGAUAGCAGCGGCGUACACCUUCUACGCUCUCGCAGAGGACCUGCGCGCCAUAUUUAAGAGAUACGCCAGAAAACGGAACAUCCUCAUUGGUCACUCCUACGGGGUGUCGUUCUGUACGUUCCUGGCACACGAGUAUCCGGAGCAGGUGCAUAAGGUGGUGAUGAUCAACGGAGGCGGCCCCACGGCGCUGGAGCCCAGCCUGUGCUCCAUCUUCCAGCUUCCCUCCUGCGUCCUGCACUGUCUGUCUCCCUGUCUGGCCUGGAGCUUCCUCAAAGCUGGUUUCGCCAGACAGGGUGCUAAAGAGAAGCAGCUUCUGAAAGAGGGAAACGCUUUUAACGUGUCUCCGUUCGUCCUGCGAGCGAUGAUGAGCGGUCAGUACUGGCCCGAGGGGGACGAGGUUUACCACGCUGAGCUGACCGUCCCUAUACUGCUGGUGCACGGCAUGUUCGACAAGUUUGUGCCGAUUGAUGAGGACCAGCGGAUGGCAGAGAUCCUCUUGUUUGCGUUCCUGAAAGUGAUCGAGGAAGGCAGUCACAUGGUGAUGAUGGAGUGUCCAGAGACGGUCAACACGCUCCUGCACGAGUUCUUCCUCUGGGAACCUGACAAUAGCAAAAAAGAUAGGGUUACCAGGAUAACAGCCGACCAGACGCUCGCCGUCAGCACAGGGACGCCCAAGGUCAACAAGCCCCUUAACAAAUAACCUGAUGAGGGACGUUUUCGGGGUGAACCAAUCAGAAGGCUGUUGAUGGCAGGCUGUCAAAAGCGUCACCUUGGCUGAGAGCUGGUUUUUGAUCAGAAGACCCUGGCGGGUGUCCAGACGUGUGUGAGGAAGAUUCACAGGUUUGAAGAGACUCUCUAGCGAUGAGGGUUAUUCCUCUGUUGUGGACAAUAUCUUUCCAUCUUGUGCUGUCUAAAGAAAAGGACUGGAAGUGCGUCCAGAGGAUGGAAAUCAAGUGUGUCAAAGUCCAGUUGGGACUCAACUACGAGAAAGAAGAGAAGGAUUUGCCGAGACUGCUUUUAAAAAAACCCAAGAGAGCGUUUAAAGUCAACAUGAAAUGCAUUUUAAUUCCAUAAUAUGACACAUUGGGUGUAGUAUAAGUACAAUUACGAAAAACAGCAGUUGCGUUAAAAAUAACGAGGACUAAUUAAUUGUGAUGGGAAAAUAACAGGGUUGUUUUCAAGCUGACUUUAAUAGACGUUUGUAUUUAAUCUGUGUUCACGUCAUACUAGUACUAACACGUUUUAAUGUCUUCCCUCAUAAAUCAAAUCCACUGCUUGGAGUAGAAGAGCGAUUGGAAACAGAUGUACGAGACACUGUUAAAACAUCCUAGAAAGAUAACGUACUGUUAACGAACACACGUUUUACUUGAAACAAAUCAUUCGAGUAAACAAAAAAAAAAACUGAACAACAGAUGUCGGUUCACAUGAAGGAUAAAAACAGGAUGAGAGGAAACAUCGAGUCUGGCAUUGGGAGAUUUUCUGCACUUGUCCGUCUCCUAGCAACUAGAAAGUCGGUCAUUAGAACAAAUGCACGGAGAGAGAGAGAGAGAGAGAGAGAGAGAGAGAGAGAGAUAAAGAUGCUGCUGGCCACAACAUGACACGGUGCUGAGAAAAAACAGGAUAUAAGCUACAAUAUCACAGAGCAGACUGCAUACAAGCUGAAUUUAAUAUUGAAAUAAUUGAAAUAAAAUACGCAGACUUCAGUCUCACAAUCCAACUACUAAUAAUAACUGAACACGUGGGCUUCAGGAAGGAAAUAUACAAUGUGUGAAGAAAUGUCGACCUUGAUUUAUUUUACACGCUGUGUGAAUGAUAUAGAUAUUUAAAGGAAAAACUGUGGACUGAAUUGGGAGUGAAUCAGUUUUCUACAGUGCUUACAGCUGGAUGUCGGUGUUUAACAUCAAUCCCAAUGAGAACCUUCUAGCAUCUUCUUAUUAUUAAGACGAGUAACAUCAGCACAGACAGUAAUCUCAUCCUUCAGUCUGUAAAACAAAGAUGCAUUUACAAUGAUGCACUAACUGUACAAUCCAAGUCUGUGGAAGGUUACUGCAUUGUCAGAAUAAGUCAAUAGUAAUAAGUCACACUAUUCUCAUGUUAGCAUGUAUGAUGUUAAAGUCCUGUGGCUUUUUUGUUGAAAACAGUCAAUAUUUUAGCAUUUAUUCCAGUGCAGACUUCCACUGAAAUUGCAUUACUGUACAUGCGUCCUUCCUUGUUUUUGCAAAAAAAUUCCACAGAUGUUGCUCACGCAGCUUAAGUUGCACCAAACCCAGAAUAUUUAAUUAAACGUUACUUGCAUCGACGAUUUCACUGUAAUGCACACAGACUGACUUUCACACGGUAUGAAUUUUAUUGAGCCUCUCCUGUGAAUAAGAAAACAAAUAACUGCAUUUUUGUCAAAAAAAA